UAGACGUUGAAUGAACAUUCUGAGGUAGACGAAUAUGAGAACCGAUUUAUUUAUCACAAACAUGCUUAUGGGAAGAUCGUUUCCCUUCCUAAUUUUGCAGUAGUUCGUUGGAGAUCACUUGAUCGAUCUCUCAUCCAUGGUAUAACAAGUUAUACCAUCGGUUCACUGUAAACCUCAAACGUUGGACAUCAAAUGGCACUAGAAACCGUGAUUUCUGCUAUAAAAUCUGUUUCCCACAAAACCCGUUUGCUUCAAAUUCACGCUCACAUUAUACGCACGACCCUCAUUCAAUACCCCACAGUUUCUCUUCAGUUCUUGUCCCGCAUAGCUCUCUCUGGCCCUCUGCAAGAUGCCAGCUAUUCCCAGCGUUUCUUUGGGCAACUCAGCCACCCCUUGGUUUCCCAUUACAACACCAUGAUCAGGGCCUGUUCCAUGAGUGAUUCACCGCAAAAGGGACUCCUUCUAUAUCGAGAUAUGAGAAGACGAGGCAUUGCUGCAGACCCUUUAUCUUCUUCCUUUGCUGUUAAGUCUUGUAUAAGGUUUCUGUAUCUUCCUGGAGGGGUUCAGGUUCAUUGCAACAUCUUCAAAGACGGGCACCAAUGGGAUACCCUUUUGCUCACUGCUGUCAUGGACUUGUAUUCACUAUGCCAGAGAGGUGGUGAUGCAUGUAAGGUGUUUGAUGAGAUGCCUCAUAGGGACACUGUUGCUUGGAAUGUGAUGAUCUCUUGCUGUAUUAGAAAUAAUAGGACUCGGGAUGCUUUGAGUUUGUUUGAUGUUAUGCAGGGUUCGAGCUAUAAAUGUGAGCCUGAUGAUGUUACUUGUUUGCUUCUUCUUCAGGCUUGUGCCCAUUUGAAUGCCUUGGAAUUUGGAGAACGAAUUCAUGGUUAUAUUAUGGAGCGUGGUUAUCGGGAUGCUCUCAAUUUAUGUAAUUCUCUAAUAUCUAUGUAUUCGCGGUGUGGUUGUUUAGACAAGGCUUAUGAAGUGUUUAAGGGAAUGGGCAAUAAAAAUGUGGUUUCAUGGAGUGCGAUGAUUUCUGGUUUGGCUAUGAAUGGAUAUGGGAGAGAAGCUAUUGAAGCAUUUGAGGAGAUGCUGAGAAUCGGCGUUCUGCCUGAUGAUCAGACAUUCACGGGUGUCCUUUCUGCUUGCAGUUAUUCUGGAAUGGUUGAUGAGGGAAUGUCAUUUUUCCACCGUAUGAGCAGAGAGUUUGGAGUAACUCCCAACGUUCAUCACUAUGGGUGCAUGGUUGAUCUCUUAGGCCGUGCUGGCUUGCUUGAUAAGGCUUAUCAGCUUAUUAUGUCAAUGGUGGUGAAGCCAGACUCCACAAUGUGGAGGACCUUGCUUGGUGCAUGCAGAAUUCAUGGCCAUGUUACACUUGGUGAACGAGUAAUUGGACAUUUGAUUGAAUUGAAAGCUCAAGAAGCUGGGGAUUAUGUUUUACUUUUGAAUAUUUAUUCUUCAGCUGGACACUGGGAAAAGGUAGCAGAAGUGAGAAAAUUGAUGAAAAAUAAAUCAAUCCAAACCACACCUGGUUGUAGCACAAUUGAAUUGAAAGGAGCAGUACACGAGUUUGUUGUGGAUGAUGUUUCACAUUCUAGAAACCGAGAGAUUUAUGAGACACUGGAUGAGAUUAAUCAUCAGCUGAGGAUUGCUGGUUAUGUUGUUGAACUUUCAUCUGAGUUACAUAAGAUGGAUGACAAAGAAAAGGGGUAUGUGCUCUCCCAUCACAGUGAAAAAUUGGCUGUUGCUUUUGGGGUUCUUGCUACUCCACCCGGCACAAUACUGAGAGUGGCUAGUAAUCUCCGCGUAUGUGUUGAUUGCCACAAUUUUCUGAAACUUUUUUCUGGAGUUUACAACCGUGAUGUAGUUCUUAGGGACCAUAAUCGGUUUCACCACUUCCGGGGAGGGCGCUGCUCAUGUAGCGACUAUUGGUAGGGAUAUCAUGAGCUGCUGAUAAAUGUGUCAUCGAGCAACGAGCUUUAGUGAAAUGAUUGUCAAAGAGACACUACAAACGCAGAAUAGAUACCUUCACGGCUGGUUUAUUCUAGAACCUUGAUGAAUAUUGGCUUAAUUGAAGUGCAACCAUACAUGUAACUACUAAGGAGGUUUUUCUCUGCAUGUCAAGUGGCUAACUAACCAUUGCCUUUAUUCAAGUCUUUUAUUUCAUGGCACCCAGGUAUAUGUCUGAAGCUGGUGGAUAGAUCAUUCAAGAUUGGUCUUGCAGAUCGCGAUAUCAAACACCUGCCAAACACCAUUGACCUGAAUGCAAAAAAAGAAACCUGCUAUCCGAGAAAUUUGGUGUUGAUGUGUUGAUUCUCUUGUAUUUUUUGAGAAAUUUUGUUUAUAUUAAAGGAGUUCUACUUUUGGAUCAGUACAAAAAUACCGAGUCAUGACAUAAGACAGGGAAGGUCCGUCCUCUAGAAAAUUGAGCGCUGACAUUUUUUGUUGAGUUAAUAUAUUAUUAAGGGAAAAGCAAUAAAUCACUGUUACAAGGACAAAUGAUCAUUUACUGUGCAUUUGAUUCAGAGAACAGCAUCUGACGGUUCCCCCCCACCCCCCACCUUCUUUUUUUACCAAAAUUGCUCUCGCCCUUCUGGCUAGUGCCUAGGGUAAUAAUGUUUUCACAAUCUAAUUAAUUCUAAUUUCUAAGUAGACAAGAGAAACAGCUGCAGUCAAUAUUGGCCGUGAAUAUUAUUUGAUUAAUCAUGAGUUGUAGGAUUAGAUAUUAGAACACCUCAUCGGGUUCAAACUGCAGAUAUUUCUACGUGCAGACCAUUUGCAUCCAUCUAUUAAAGGAUCCAUUGAUCUGGCAUUGAUGACUGAAAAGCAUAUUGCAAGCUCAAUCAGGCCAGCAUGGUUAAUUAAAAUAUGCGACUGUAAAGGAGAGCGUGCCUAGAUUCAAAAAGACUGAGAUUCAGCAAAAAACCAAAAACUGGUCUAGUUGCCAUAUUAUUCAAAAACAACUUUUACGUUUUCCAAUUCUACAUUAUAAUGGUGACAUCUUUGAAGAUUUUCGACCAAAACCUAAGCUCUGUAUAGAGAACAGAAAUGGAAGCUCCGUCCCGUUCUACUAACAAAACUGGAAGUAGAAUUGAUAGUUGAUACUAUAGAAAGUUUGAAUCCUAAGUUCUGGAAGCAGUAAAGAUGCUACAACAAAUCCGCAACCUAAGUUCUCUAAGUAGUAUUUGUGCUAAAAAUAAAUCCAUAACCCAAGAAACCACCCGUUGAAAAAAAA